AUUACCAUUUAGAAUGGAUUAAUUGACAGCUCCGUAGACCUAUCAGAGCGAGGUUGGCCUCCAUGGGGUCUGGUGGGGUUGUGAGCGGCGAUGAUGGUCUUUAAAUAAACAGGCGGCGAUUCUCAUCACGGUGCGGCUGCUGUCACCAGUGGCGUGGAAAUGUGUCUGCUGCUGGGGGCUACGGGGGUUGGUAAGACGCUGCUGUUGAAACGACUGCAGAAUAUCCUUCCUCUGGGCUCCCUUUCGAAGGUGCCUGCUCCCUUGCCCAUGGUCGGCACCAACCUCACAGACCUGAUGCUUCACAAGAGGAAGCUGACAGUGAGGGAGCUGGGGGGAUGCAUGGGGCCAAUCUGGUCCAGCUACUACCGAGACUGCUCCUCUGUCAUUUUCAUGAUUGACGCUGCCAACACGUGCCAGGUGUCUGCCUCCUGUGUGCAGCUGCUGUCUGUCCUCUCUGCAGAGCCCUUGCAAAACGCCGCUGUGCUCAUCCUCUUCAACAAACUGGAUCUCCCCUGCCCCAUGAGCCUGGUGGAGAUGAAGUCCUUGUUCAGGUUGGACGACAUCAUCACCUGUGCCAGCCAGCCCAUCACAGUGCAGGAGGUCAGUGCGCGCAGCGGGCGUGGCCUGCAGGACGUGCUGCAGUGGCUGGAGUCACAUCGCCCAUCGUGCUGAGGGACUGGCAGUACCUACACCGGCGAGCCAACACCAGCUCUCCCCUUCGCACCAGGACCCCUGAGAAUUAGAAGCCCGGGCCACACUCACAAUCACAUUCAUUCCCACUCAGCCAGGAUAUCCAACUCUUAACGACACAAGCUUUUGCCUCCUUUCACUGGACUACCUGCAUGUAUGGUGGGCAGCUGCGUCAACAUGCAUAGGCCUCAAAGGAACAAGUAAUAGGUUCAUUCCUCACACCCGAAGAAGGCUC